UUGGGAAACUUCCGGCACACACACCUUUCUUCUUCCUCCUCCGCCUCCCCCUGACCCGGCCGGCCGUUGAAACCCCUGCCAUGUCCACCAACCCAUUCGCUGCUACACCUAUAUGUACCCGCCCAGCAACCCCUUUGACCAAACCAAGAAGCUCGCACACACAACGCCUUCUUCAACUGAAGCUCCAUCCAUCCAUCCGGCGAGCGAGCGAGCAACUGAGCGGGAGCGGCCGCAUUUGUCCUGGACUUGAUCUAUCGGCCGACUGAUACUGAUACGUGCGUUCUGUGAGCCAGCCGGCCAUGGACACGGGCCCGGCGGCGUUCGGGGUGGCGAGCCUGCGGAUGGGCCGCUCCUACCGGGAGCGCGGAAGCGACGUCUUCUCGCGGGCGGCUUCGUCGGCGAGGGGAGGAGACUCGGAGGACGACGAGGAGGCGCUCACGUGGGCGGCGCUCGAGAGGCUGCCCACGCACAGCCGCGUCCGCAAGGGCAUCGUCGGGGACGGCGGCUGCGAGCUCGUCGACAUCGCCGGCCUCGGCUUCCAGGAGAGGACGCGCCUGCUCGAGCGACUCGUGCGCGUCGCGGAGGAGGACCACGAGCGAUUCUUGCUCAGGCUCAGGCAGAGGCUAGACAGAGUUGGGCUCGACUUUCCGACCAUCGAAGUGCGGUACGACCACCUCAACAUCGAUGCGCUCGCACAUGUCGGGAACAGAGGCCUGCCCACGUUCAUCAACACCACUCUCAACUCUCUAGAGUCCAUAGCCAAUCUACUUCAUAUAAUUCCCAACAACAAGGUGCCGAUGAACAUCCUCCAUGAUAUUAAUGGAAUUAUCAAGCCAAAGAGGAUGACGUUACUAUUAGGGCCACCAGGAUCAGGGAAGACUACACUGCUUCUUGCUUUGGCAGGGAAACUAGGUUCUGAUCUAAAGGUUACAGGAAAAGUGACAUACAAUGGGCAUGGAAUGAAUGAGUUUGUGGCUCAAAGGUCAGCGGCCUACAUAUCACAACAUGACCUCCACAUCGCUGAGAUGACGGUACGGGAAACCUUGUCCUUCUCAGCCAGAUGCCAAGGGGUUGGAAGCAGAUACGAUAUGCUAACUGAGCUAUCUAGAAGGGAGAAGGCUGCAAAUAUCAAACCAGACCCUGAUCUUGAUGUCUACAUGAAGGCGAUAGCAGUGGGUGGUCAGGAUACAAAUAUCAUCACUGAUUACAUCCUCAAGAUUUUAGGGCUUGACAUUUGCGCCGACACCAUGGUCGGAGACGAUAUGCUGAGAGGAAUCUCAGGGGGGCAACUUAAACGUGUCACAACUGGUGAGAUGAUGGUUGGAGCAGAAAGAGCACUGUUCAUGGAUGAAAUCUCCACGGGCCUGGAUAGCUCUACUACAUACCAGAUAGUGAAAUCACUUGGACUGAUCACUAACAUCCUCAGCGGCACAACUGUCAUUUCCCUGUUGCAACCUGCACCAGAGACAUAUAAUUUGUUUGAUGACAUAAUCCUCCUGUCCGACGGCUACAUUGUGUAUCAAGGGCCACGUGAAAAUGUGCUUGAAUUCUUCGAAUCCAUGGGCUUCAAAUGUCCUGAUCGGAAAGGUGUCGCUGACUUUUUGCAAGAAGUGACAUCAAGAAAAGAUCAGGCACAAUACUGGGCAAGGCGUAAUCAGAGAUACCAUUAUGUCCCAGUCAAGGAGUUUGCUCAUGCCUUCCAGGCAUUUCAUGUCGGCCAAAGUCUCUCUGCGGAGCUCUCACACCCUUUUGAUAGGAGCCAGUGCCACCCUGCUUCGCUGACAACCUCAACUUACGGUGCCAGCAAGAAAGAGCUGCUGCGUGCAUGCAUCGAGAGGGAGUGGUUGCUCAUGAAACGGAAUAUGUUUGUCUACCGUUUCCGGGCUGUUCAGCUUCUGGUAAUGACAAUAAUCGUGAUGACACUGUUCCUGCGCACAAACAUGCACCAUCGUACGGUUAACGAUGGCACUGUCUACUUAGGUGCCCUGUUCUUUUUUAUAGUUGCCCACAUGUUCAACGGCUUCUCUGAGCUCGCUCUAGCCACCAUAAAAUUGCCAGUCUUCUUCAAGCAAAGAGAUUACCUCUUCUUCCCUGCAUGGGCUUAUGCCAUACCAACUUGGAUCCUCAAGAUACCGAUAUCUUGUGUCGAGGUUGCGAUCACAGUAUUCUUGGGUUACUAUGUCAUUGGGUUCGAUCCAGAUGUUGGAAGGCUAUUCAAGCAAUACUUGCUGCUGUUGCUUGUUAACCAGAUGGCUGCAGCACUGUUCAGGUUCAUCGCAGCAUUGGGCAGGACCAUGGUUGUUGCAAAUACGUUGGCGUCCUUUGCACUCCUAGUGCUGCUCGUGAUGAGUGGAUUCAUCCUGUCACACCCUGAUGUGAAGAAAUGGUGGAUCUGGGGCUACUGGGCGUCGCCUCUUCAGUACGCCAUGAGCGCCAUUACAGUAAACGAGUUCCUUGGAGACAAAUGGCAAAAGGUUGUCCAGGGAUCCAACGAAAUUUUAGGAGUAGAUGUGCUCAAGUCCAGGGGUUUUUUCACUGAGGCAAAAUGGUACUGGAUUGGUAGUGGCGCCCUCCUUGGAUAUGUCAUCGUGUUCAACAUCCUCUUCACCGUUGCUCUAAGCUACCUUCAACCCAUGGGGAAAUCUCAGCAAAUACUUUCAGAGGAUGCGCUGAAGGAAAAGCAUGCCAGUAUCACCGGCGAAAUUCCUGAUGAGUCAAGAAGCUCUACAUCUGCAGGGAACAUGAACAACUCAAGGAGAAACUCUGCAUCAGGGGCUGCCUCAGGCGACGGCAGGAGGGGCAUGGUCCUGCCCUUUGCACCGCUUGCUGUUGCCUUCAACAACAUGAGAUACUCUGUUGACAUGCCUGCGGAAAUGAAAGCACAAGGUGUUGACCAAGAUAGGCUGCUUCUGCUAAAGGGAGUCAGUGGCAGUUUCAAGCCGGGAGUCCUCACAGCACUGAUGGGAGUCAGCGGCGCUGGCAAGACCACGCUGAUGGAUGUGCUGGCUGGAAGGAAGACUGGAGGCUACAUUGAAGGUGACAUCUCAAUCUCCGGCUACCCGAAGAAGCAGGAAACCUUCGCUCGCAUUUCCGGUUACUGUGAGCAGAAUGACAUCCACUCACCAAAUGUGACCGUGUACGAGUCCCUGGUGUACUCUGCAUGGCUCCGGCUGCCCUCUGAUGUAGAGUCAGAAACAAGAAAGAUGUUCAUAGAGCAAGUGAUGGAGCUGGUAGAAUUGAAUUCACUGAGAGAUGCACUCAUUGGACUACCUGGAGUCAGUGGCUUGUCAACAGAGCAAAGGAAGAGGUUGACGAUCGCGGUUGAGCUGGUUGCUAAUCCGUCGAUCAUAUUCAUGGAUGAGCCUACCUCUGGCCUCGAUGCCAGGGCCGCGGCGAUUGUGAUGAGGACGGUGAGGAACACUGUGGACACAGGCAGGACCGUUGUUUGCACCAUCCACCAGCCUAGCAUCGAUAUCUUUGAGGCCUUCGAUGAGCUGUUCCUGAUGAAGAGAGGAGGGGAGGAGAUAUACGUGGGUCCUCUAGGACACCAAUCUCAUGACCUCAUUGAGUACUUUGAGGGAAUCGAACAGGUCAGCAAGAUCAAACCGGGGUACAAUCCGGCAACAUGGAUGCUGGAAGUGACCUCACAGGCACAAGAAGAUAUUCUGGGUGUCAGUUUCGCGGAGGUGUACAAGAACUCGGAUCUCUACCAGAGGAACCAGAGCGCGAUCAGGGAGCUCAGCAAGGCCCCUGCUGGGUCCAAGGAUCUCUACUUCCCGACGCAGUACUCGCAGAGCUCCAUCACCCAGUGCAUGGCGUGCCUGUGGAAGCAGAACCUGUCCUACUGGAGGAACCCUCAGUACACGGUGGUCCGCUUCUUCUUCUCCCUCGUGGUGGCCCUCAUGUUCGGCACCAUCUUCUGGCGCCUCGGGGGGAGGAAGUCGAGGCAGCAGGACCUGUUCAACGCGAUGGGGUCCAUGUACGCCGCCGUGCUCUUCAUGGGGAUCUCCUACUCGUCGUCGGUGCAGCCCGUGGUGGCGGUGGAGCGGACGGUGUUCUACCGGGAGAGAGCCGCCGGGAUGUACUCGGCGCUGCCCUACGCCUUCGGGCAGGUGGUGGUGGAGCUCCCCUACGUGCUGGUGCAGUCGCUGGUGUACGGGGUCAUCGUCUACGCCAUGAUCGGCUUCCAGUGGGACGUCAAGAAAUUCUGCUGGUACAUCUACUUCAUGUACUUCACGCUGCUCUACUUCACCUACUACGGUAUGCUCGCCGUCGGCCUCACCCCCAGCUACAACAUCGCCUCCAUCGUCUCAUCCUUCUUCUACGGCGUCUGGAACCUCUUCUCCGGAUUCGUCAUCGCACGCCCGACGAUGCCGGUGUGGUGGAGGUGGUACUCGUGGGCGUGCCCCGUGUCGUGGACGCUGUACGGGCUGGUGGCAUCGCAGUUCGGCGACCUCACGGAGCCACUCCAGGACACCAACGUGCCCAUCAACGUCUUCCUCGAGGACUUCUUCGGAUUCCAUCACGACUUCCUAGGCAUCGUCGCCGUCGCGGUCGCCGGGUUCGCCGUGCUCUUCGCUGUCUGCUUCGGACUCGCCAUCAAGGUGCUCAACUUCCAGCAAAGGUGAUUCAGCAUGCACCGAGUGGCGGCUUUGAGGCCGUUGGUGCACGGAUCGUGUCGGAAACGAAUGAUGUGCGUUUGUACUCAGCGCACGUCGCUUUUUCUUGGUUCCAUUAGUUUUUUUCCCCUAGUUCAUAGAUUUGGCGUGCAAAUGCUUAUAUUUUGUAUAUGUAAAGUACGCGCAUAGCAAGUGACACAGUAGCAAAAAAAAUACAAGCUAUAAAUAUGUAAUCAAGAGAAAUAUUUUGGGUGAAUUGGAUAAACCCGUACCCUGUUGUUGCAAGGUCAAACCUUAACAAAUACUAGUAAAGGGUGUGACCUAUUCUCA